AUGACCGCAAUCUUCGCCCGACAAACAUGCUCAAAUCCAUUCUCCUCCCACUUGGCAUCCACCUCCCGGCACAACGUCGCGGAUGAAAUGGAAGGGGUCGAACGCUGUGAGGCGGCGGAAGAGGGUAAGAUGGUCGGCGUCGAGCCUUGCGACGAGAAUGAAAUGCAAGGCGUCGAGUGCGAUGGGCAUGCCAACGACGACACUCGCAUGGAAGGCGUCCAAUGUACCGACGAUGGCGGUGGCUCCAAUGCUUCGCAGGGCGUGCAGAGCGGGAGCAAGGGCGGAUGCGAGAUGGAGACGGAGAUGCAGGGUUUGGAAUCGGGUGCUGGCGUGGAUGGGGUUCGGGAGGGGGAGGGGGAUGUGCAGAUGCUGGGAUCUGGGUGCGCUACGGUUUGA